AUGAAUACCGAGGGUAAUGACGAAGCUUUCGGCCCGGUUUCCGCCUCAAGGUUGGAUUUCACCCUUCUAUUUGAGCAUACUGUUCUGGGAAUACUUCCGACAGGCUUGCUUCUUGCCACUACGCCUCUCUACUUCUAUAUUUGCGCCAGGCGGCCCCUCUACACUCGCACUGGUUACAUCCUAUGGGCUGAACUCGUGAGUUUCUCUUAUCCAUCUCCGCUUCUAUUUCAACUAAUGAGUGCCCUCCUUAGCCUGUACAUCAUCACCAGUCUUGUCAUAGAUGUUAGCAAGAGCCGAUCCUACUUUAUUCGCCAUGAACUACAAGCUCUCGGCAGCUUAUCUGCAGCGGCAGCUGCAACGAAAAUUUUAAUUACGAUUCUGCAAGAGGUUCCAAAACGGCAUCUUUUGAUGGAUAGCGAGCUGAGAAACUCUACUGGAAGAGAAGCUACCGGCGGAUUCUUUUACCGAAAUUUCUUCGGCUGGCUGAAUUCCAUCUUCGCGACUGGUUUUUACACCGUUCUCAAAGUCACGGAUCUGGAAGAGCUUGGUCCCGAACUCGCUUCCAGGAGCCUUUAUCCCAGGUUUCUUCAGAUAUGGAAAACAGACAACCCUGAUCCAUCCAGCGGCCGCCUCGCCAUUGCGUGUCUCCACACUCUCUGGUGGCAUUUUCUAGCGAUACCGCUACCGCGAUUGCUGUUCUCACUACUGACACUUGCGCAACCUUUUCUGCUGAGGCGAAUUCUGGACUGCAUCUCAAACGAUGAUGCCGGGCCAUAUGAGCGAGCAGGCUUGAUUGCAGCUACUUUGUUGACUUUUGCCACGCGGGCGAUUGCACGAGGCUCCUAUAAGCAUGCAAGCUAUAGGCUUGUCACGGCUAUCCGUGGCGUCUUGAUAGCGGCCAUGGCUGACAAGCAAAUGCGGCUUACACAUACAGAGGCCAAGAAAUCAGCAAUAUCAACCCUUAUGACAGCCGAUGUUGAAGGGAUUGAAGCCACGUUGCCUUCUGUUCAUGAUUUGUGGGCAUUCUUCGUAGACAUUGGCUUCGGUCUCUACUUCCUAUCAAGAUACAUCAGUCUUGCUACCAUUUCAAUUUUUGCUCCCUUUCUUUCUGUCUGUAUUGAAGCAUUUACACCUGUGAUUAUUCUCACGGCCGCCUUGUUGUGGACCACUUUUCCAGAAGGCUUUACUGCUUUCAAAGCGUUCCCCAUUCUCGCCCUUAUUGCCAUCGUCCAGAUGCCACUAUUUUUCCUCAUUGAAACAUUCAGCAAUGUGAUGCGUGCUUGGGCAUGUUUCAACCGCAUCCAGGCUUAUCUACAGCUACCCGAAUGGAAAGACCCGCGACGGUGUAGUGACGCGGCGACCAGUUCUGCAAGCGGCACUGAAACAUUAGCUGAAAAACAAAACAAGCGUAAGAGCAUUCACCCGAAGAAUGAUGUCGUGUACGAGUUCAUCGAUGCAUGGAUUGUCCCUUCAGGGAGUCCUCAAUCCAUCCUGAAAAGCAUUGAUAUGCAGAUCAUGAGAUCUCGUAUCAUUGCGCUACUUGGCCCCAUCGCGUGUGGUAAAUCUACCUUUCUCCGCUGCCUACUUGGCGAAGCCGAUUUGUUACAUGGUGCAAUCUGCGUCACGAAAAAAGCGAUCACGAUUGCAUACUGCGACCAGACCCCUUGGCUUCAUAAUGGAACACUACGAGACAACAUACUUGGUCCCAAUCCUUACGAGGAGAGCUGGUAUCGAGCGGUUGUGAGGCGGUGCCAACUUGUCGAAGAUUUCGACCAAUUGUCCAAUGGUGACGAGAGUGUGGUGGGAAGCGAUGGAAUGAAUCUCAGCCUGGGCCAACGCCACCGCGUUAGUCUGGCCAGAGCUGUAUACGCCCGUCCAGAUGUCGUCCUUGCUGAUGGCAUAUUCAGCUCACAGGAUCAGGUGACCGCCAGAGCCAUCAUGAAGCAGUUGCUGGGUGCUGAUGGUCUUCUGAGGCAGUCCAACACCACUGUUGUACUAGCUACUCACUUGAGCGUGGUGUUGGAUGUAAGCGAUGAGGCGCUGGUUUUUGACGGCAAAGGGAACAUUGCUAGAAAAACGGUCUCCGAUAAUCCCGACCUCAAAAAGGAGCUAGUGGCAGCAAUGAACGUGACGAAGCAAAUGUCUUUCGAACGCCGGCAGGUGGAUUCUGGAGCCAAACAUAUGCAGGAGAUGCAUCUCGGAGAUGGCACGGCAGCCAAGACAGCCGAGAAUACACCUCCGAGCAACUUUCGUACCCGGGGAGAUUUCGGGCUGUACCAGUUUUAUUUCAGCGCCAUUGACAAAACUCGGUUUAUUUUAUGGAUUGUGGCGAUGAUAGUCGUCACAAUUUGCGACAACUUCCCCAGCGGUUAUGUGCGGAUACGGGUGGACAAAGAUCCGAAAAACAACCUUUACCUGCUGGGAUUCGCACUCCUUGCGCUGGGCAGAGUAAUUAUUGGUCUAUGGAGUCAACGGGUUUUUUAUCUCCAAAUUCUUCCGGAAUCUGGUGAGCAGCUGCACCAAAUGCUUCUAGACGCACUGACAAACUCUAGUGCAACACUCAACUAUAUCUGCGCUGUUGACAGCGGAGAUCUGCUAAACAGAUUUAGUCAAGAUAUGAGUCUGGUUGUACAAGCUCUCCCAUUAGCAAUGUACAAAUUUGUGUUCAAGCAUAGUGCUUUUUUCCACCGUCAUCGAGCUUGGCUUCGUCCUUUCUGGGCAUCAUACGCAACGAUUGCUCUUCCCUUUGUCCUUGGCAUAGUGUACGCCAUACAAAAGUACUAUCUUCGAACAUCUCGCCAGCUGCGCCACUUGGACCUCGAAGCGAAGACGCCACUGUUUGUUUGUUUCAAAGAAACAGCCAAUGGUUUACUGCAUAUUCGGACCCUUCAUUGGUCCGAGGCACAGCUGCAACGGAAUCUGAUCUUCGUGGAUGAUUCUCAAAAACCUUACUACCAAAUGUUUUGUGCGCAGCGUUGGUUAGUCUUGGUCCUCGACUCGACCAUAACCGCUGUCGCCGUAAUCAUCGUCGGCGUCGCACUGAACGUCAAGAACUCGAGCUCGCCGGCCGCAAUCGGGUUGGCGUACCUGAUCAUGAUCAACUUCGGAACAACUGUCGCCGGAUUGAUCCAGCGAUUUACAGAAAUGGAAAUAUCGCUAGGGUCCAUUUCCCGUACACGUGCUUUCGUGGAAAAUAUGCCUAGGGAACAAGAACCCAAACACUUCAGAGUCCCUGACAAUUGGCCCGACAAGGGCAAAGUUGAGUUCAGAAAUGUCACAGCCAAAUACAAUUCAGACUCUGUUCUUACGGAUGUAUCAUUCGUUGCUCGACCAGGAGACAAAGUAGGCAUUAUUGGCCGAUCUGGAAGCGGCAAGAGCUCUUUGCUAUUGACUUUGCUGAACUUCUUGGAGUAUUCCGGAUCCAUUAUUAUCGAUGGUGUGAACAUCAGCAAGGUUCCGCAUCAACUACUCCGCGAGCGCAUUACGACCAUCACUCAGACACCAGUCGUAAUCGAUGACUCGAUUCGAUAUAACUUGGUUCCAUGGGACGACAACAAGAGUUUUCCAGACUCUGUCAUCAAACAUACGUUGCGGCAGCUUGGUCUUUGGGAGCACAUCAAGUCCAAACGCGGGCUUCAAGCAUCUGUGGAAAGUGCCGGAUUAUCUGCAGCUCAUCUAGAGCUCCUCUGCAUCGCGAGAGCUAUUCUGCAUCAUAUUCAGAUGGAAAGCAAGAUUGUACUAAUGGACGAAGCGACUGCGUCGUUAAGCGCAGCUUCAGAUCUGGAAGUGCAACGAGUCAUGAAGGAGGUAUUCCAGGGCUGCACGGUCUUCAACGUUGCACAUUGGGAUUCGCCUUUGCAGGUGAACGAUCUUGAACUGUUCAUCGAAAAGGGGAAGCUUGAGAAUGCCUGGCGUUUGAAGUCUGACGAGGAGGACGAGGAAGCUGCGGAGGAAAAGCUGGCUCGGGAUGAAGAUGAGACAGCCUAUCUUCGACGCUUGUUGAGGAAAGAAGAUCAAGAGCAGCGUGAGAUUUUGGCAAGAGAGCAGGCUUUUGAGGCCAAGGCCAAGGAGUCCACAAUAAAGGAGGAUGGCGAAAAGACAUUGGAAGGACUUGUUGAGCUGCCGGACCCGACUGAAGGAGACGCGUCGAAGGUCAGGCCGAUUCAUCCAUUGGUGAGGGCGCACGGAAAACUGCGAGCCGAGUCACCGAAGGAUGCUACUGGCCCCCCUGCGGCCAGCUCUUCGGCGCCUGCCAGGCCAAUGCCAACGAAUCCGCCAGAGCACGCGCCGCCGCAAGCCGAAUCCAUCGACGGUCAAUGA